AUGCGGAAUUUCAGCUCAAACAAAUGUGCGCCUACCCAUCAUCUUGUAGCAUAUUUCGCUUUAGAAGAGAAAAGAGGUAAUGUUAUAAAAAUUAUUAUUUCUUGAAAUAAUUGUGAGGGCUGUCUCAGCAUGUGGAAAAGCUAUUCCACUUGCCGAACCAAAAGCUCACAUGCUGAGCCAUUAUGAAGACUUCACAUGUGGAAUUUUGUCCUCAGACAUGAAUAA